AUGAAUGUUUAUAUUGGGCAGAAUCUUGUUGAUUGUUGGGACUAUGUCGCCCGAGCCGGGGCCGCUGGUCGGUCGGGCCGGGGCGCUGGGGACCGGAGGGAACCAGCCGGGCCGGCGGCGGCACGGGGAAGCGGGGGGACGGCGUUCCCUGUUGGCCGCGGCGAUCAGCGCGGACGGGCCGCCGCCGCCAGGGGCAGGAGAGCCCGGCGGGUGGCGUCUGGCGGAGCGGGCCGGCUUGUCGCCGCGGGCGGGGCGGGCCGGGGGUUCCCCUGGGGAACAGGAGGCUCCGUCGCAGCCGCACCGCCGCAGGUGGGGGUUGGCCCGGCGACCCGGCCCGUCACCACGGCAACCUCCGUGCGGCGGGGGAGGGGCGCAGGUAGCGGCGCGGGCGCGGCCCGGCCCUUCACCCCCCGCGGCGCUGUGAGGGGCGAGCGGAGGCGGGUGGUUGGCGCUGUCCCCGGGCGGGGCGCCGAGCGCUCCGGCUGCCUCUGCCCAUCUCGGCCCGAAUCCUCCGGAGCGGCUCCCUCGCCGUGUCUGCGCAAACUUGUCCGCGGUUCCCGGCGGGGUUCCCGUGGCGAUACCUUGAGGAAGCGGGUCCGGCGGUUCAGGCUCCGCGCACCGAGGCGCUGCGGAAGGGCGGCCGGGCAGGAGCGCGCCCAGAGCCCCGUCCGACAGCGAAGGCUGAGCCCGGAAAGUGAGGUGCUGCACAAGGGAUACACAUUUGGCUGGAUUUGGAGAAACCAUGAAGAUCAUACAAGUGAACCCUGUGACUGCCGCGGCGUCUCCCUCCCUGCCUCCCCCGGGCUGCCCGCUGGGAAGUUCCAGUGAAACGCGGCUGCUGCGGAAAGUCCUGCUCACAGCGAGGAGACGUGACCUCUGGGCGAGUCAGAUCCAAUUUUACAGGCGGCUCUGAGUCAGGGUGGAGCCCGUGAACUGAACUUUGCGCUGAAGAAGGAAGUGAUGUUGGUGGCAGCUUGUGUUGCUAAGCAGAUGAGUUGCCGUAUUUUUGUGUCAGCUGAUAGUUUCGUCGGGUGUGUGACUUCAUUCUUAGAUACGGUGCCUUCCAUUUAUUAGGACAAAGGUCAGAAAUUGUCAGCAGGGUGAUCACUGUGUCUCUCCAUAUAAGAAGAGGCAUGUUCUACUGAGCCGUUAAAGAUGGAAAUGGGAGUCCUCAAUGCCGCUUCUGCACCGUGAAAGCAAAACCGACCGUGAAACUGUCAGUUCAUGUCACAGUCCAAGAGCUAACAUCCUGACGAGCGGGGAUGUUGUGGAGUAGGUCAGUUCCCCAGCAUUGCUCCAUUUUUAUCAGAACUCACUACCGUUCCCGAUUGAGGAAGUGGCCUGUUUGACUGAGUGUCUUGUCUCCAGCAGGAAUGGGAGCUGGGGGGGCUGAGGUGAGCAGUGGGACACUGGCCUGUUAGAUAAAUUUUGGAUGGGAAGCUGAGUGAUCCCGCCUCUCUGGUAAACUAAAUGGUGAGUCUGUUGGGGAAGGAGAGCGAGUUGUUAUCGCCCCUGCAGUGCUGGCACUCCCGUGGGUGCUGCGUCCCAGCUGUCCAUGUCGUCACGGUAAGCGGCAGCACCCGGGCAGCGUUUCUGAGAGACGCGAUGGGGAGAGUGCCGGCAGGUUUGGGGCAGCUGCCCACAACAGCCUGUGUACCCCAGCAGCCCACGGUGAUGAGUCGUGAUGUGCUGUCUCAGACAGCAUUUCCACCUAUUCCCAGCCCUGAAGUCUUUGGUUACAUCCUGCAGUUACACUCGAGAGCACUUUAUGUUGUUAUCCUUGUUCUGAGAGAUAUUACUGUGUCGAAAACUUCCACAGGAAAGAAUGAAUUCCAAGAGGAGUGCGGAUUCUUGUUGUUGGCUUCCCAAAGGUGAGGCAGGGGGAACAUUGAUGUCCCUCACGGAGUUUUGUCCCUGCACAGUCUGGCAGGUGAGCAGCAAGUGGGCAGGAGCUGCUGGAGCUUGCUGCCCCUCUGCUUUACUGGUUCAGUUCCUCAGUUAAGGAGCUCCCUGCCACAGGGGUGGCUGUUUGGGCCAGUUCCAGCUUUUGUCACUCCGGCUGGCUGGAGUUUCAGGGGAAAAAAACCCACAAAAACAACAACAAAAAAGAAAACCAGCCCACACAAGUGUCUCCCCUGGCUUGCCCUCUGUUCGCUUAGCUUGCUGGUGCCACAGGGUGGCUCCUUGUAGCACUUGUGUUCUAACGCUUUUAGCUUUUCAGCUGAGAUCGUUAAGGUUGUUCUUUCUGAUACAAGUCUACUGCUUCCUGAUACUAACCAAAAUCCACGUGCCCUCGGUAUUUCAGUGUGCUGUACGCUGGUGAACAAUUUCUUCUAAAAAAGGAAUAUUCUUUAGCAUAUGGCACGUCAUUAUUUUCUGUGCCCUUUUUGCCACUUUACCCUCUCAGUCUCAUGGGCUUCCAUUGCUGCCUACUUUUUGAGAAACUUUGAAUAAAACUUUCGCUUGUGAAAGAAAAAGGAACCAUUUGUCCUUUUCGCUUCUUCUCCAUUUGGCUGAAACAACGUUCAGAGAUGAAUAAAACGUGAGUGUGUGUCAGA